AUGGAAGACUAUGACCUCAUUUCAGAUCUGCAUUCUGAUCAGACAAACUGGACUAUAAGAUGCAAAGUUUUGAAGAAAUGGCAUGUAAAACAUCCAAGGGAACGUCCAUCGUUACAAUUUAUGUUGAUGGACGAAGAGGGUGAAACUAUUCAAGCUUAUCUCUAUAUUACUGAUUUAAUCAAAGCUUUCGACAAGACAAUUGAAGAAGGAGAAUGGAUAAGUAUUUCAGAAUUUGUGGUCUUUGAUGAAACAUCGGAUGAACCAAAUUCUCCUAUUGGUAGUUGUAUCAGGUUUUUAAAUAACACUGAAGUGGAUCACAUAGAUCCUAUCGAAUUUGAUAUUGCACAGGGUUUUGUUUCUUUUUCUGAUGUGCUUGGUGGCAAAACAGAGCCUGGUAUUCCUAUCGAUAUUCUCGGGUUUGUUAUCAAAAUUGAUCCACUGGUCACGGUGAAUGAUGAUUCAUACCCUGAAAGACAGGAUAAGAAGACUGCCAGUAUAUCUUUUACUAUCAAGGAUCAUAAAGGGUUAUUGUUAUCGUGUAUUGCAUUAGGACCACAUGCAAUUGAUUUCAAUGACAAGAUCUUCAGUGAAAAUCAAUUACUAUUUGUUGUUAUAUUAACCGACUGGUCUGUUAAACAACGAGAAGAUGAAUACUAUAUUCGGUCUAGAGGAGGGAUUUCUAGAAUCGAGUUUCAUCCUGAUUGUCCACGAGCCAAAACUUUGGUUAGAAGGUUUUGGAACACCCAGAAUAAACCUACAAAUGUCAUUGAUUUGGGUUGUAAUGAUGAUGAGGCAAGUCCAUCUUCCGUGAAGCCUAGAAACUGA